ACCGCCGGGACAACAGCUGUUUCCCGUUGGAGAGCAUUUGUCCGUUGACCAGUGUCCAAUUUACGCACAGUCACGAUUUUGACGCACGGGUGAACUUAUUUUCGUCUCAAUCACAACUCCAAAAAGAAAAAGGGGGGAGAAAAAAAGAAGAAGAAGGUGUUUGAACCAUCUCGAGCGUUUCCAAACUCUUCCUCUCUCUUUAAUUGCUCGGAGCCGAACAGGUUGUCGGAGCCAUGUCCAGGAAGAAGGCAGUGAAGGGCAAAGGGAGCUCCAAGAGCCCCAAGGCGUCGCCGGGCAGCGGGAGGACGGGGAAGGGUCUGGCCGCCGCCGCAGCGCCGUCCUCCGGGCUGGUUUACCCGAGCAGACCGUCCAUCAGCAACAGCGGAGAGUUCUACGACAUCGCCUUCAAGGUGAUGCUGGUGGGGGAUUCAGGUGUUGGGAAGACCUGUCUGCUGGUUCGCUUCAAAGAUGGAGCCUUUCUAGCCGGGAGCUUCAUCUCCACUGUGGGCAUCGACUUCAGGAAUAAAGUCAUGAGCAUUGAUGCUGUGAAGGUCAAACUGCAGAUCUGGGACACUGCUGGACAGGAGCGUUUCCGGAGUGUCACACACGCUUACUACCGCGAUGCUAACGCUCUCCUCCUUCUCUAUGACGUCACCAACAAAGCAUCCUUUGACAACAUCCGGGCAUGGCUGACAGAGAUCCACGAGUACGCUCAGCAGGACGUGGUCGUCAUGCUGCUGGGCAACAAGGUCGACUCCACGCACGACAGGAUGGUGAAGCGAGAGGAGGGAGAGAAACUGGCAAAGGAGUUUGGAGUGCCCUUCAUGGAGACGAGUGCUAAAUCUGGACUGAAUGUGGAGCUGGCCUUCACUGCAGUGGCCAAAGAACUGAAGCACAGGACCAUGAAGGAGUCCGAUGAGUCAAAGUUUCAGCUGCAGCAGUACGUCGACAAAGAAAUGCGGACUGCCGGCUGCUGCCGCUCGUAGACCACGUCCUUAUGCUUGUGUGUGUGUGUGUGUGUGUGUGUGUGUGUGUGUGUGAGAGAGAGAGAGAGGGAGAGAGAGAAAACAGGUACAUUCCAUUAGAGUAGUAAGUCUCCCCCAACCCACCUAUCCUCUGCAACUGUGAAUGUAAUAUAACUCUGAAACAUGCUUGUACACACACACACACAUGCAUCUACACACACACACACACACACACAGUCGACUUUACAGCUCGUCCGAUCCAUUUUUCCAUGAGUGUGAUGUACAUAUUUUAAAUGUCAUUUUCAUGCCAUGAAGCUUUGUGGUUUGUAAAAUGUAUUUUGUCUCGUUGAAACCGAAGAAUAUGGACACAAAUAUGUUGCAUAUGAAAUCAAUUUGAAAGUAUAGAUCUAAAAGAACAUAUUUGUACAGAUAAAAACAUAUUUAAAAGAACAUAUUUGUACAGAUACACUAUUGCCCCUAAUGUAAACUGCCAGACGGCACUGUGUGCUGUUUAUGUACAGGAUAUCACAUGAUAACUGUUUUUAAUACUUGUGAUCACGACUAUCAUUGCACUCACGUGUGGAAUUUAUUUUGAGCUCUUUACCUUUUAUACGCAGAUUGUUCCGCUCAAAGCAUUUUUAACGUUAAGAACCUCCCUCUGUAACUUUGGACAAUAUUAAGUAAAUAAAAACACUAGAUCAUCAGCAAACAGAUAGACUCUGUUGGUUUUACAGAUGCUCUUGUUUCGAUUCACCCUUUUGAAUGUUAUCAGCCCAUCAUAUUGCUAAUACCAGUUGUUAUCACUACGAUAUAUAAUGCUUCAGGCAAACGGGAAAACUACCUGCACUCUUGUGAAGCGGUAGCGGUUUUUAACACGUGGGUAACAAAAAUAAUUAAAACAAAAGUCUGUGGUUAGAUUCAAGCAACAAAACGGCUUUAGGGUUAGGAGAAGGUCAUGGUUUGGGUUGAAAUAAGUAUUAUGGCGACGUUACUAAAGUAACAUACAUAAGAUAAGUAAGUUGCGUAACCUAAAAUAAGUCAAUGUGUUGACUUUUUAGCUUCACUCCUGGGUGAAAGUCCUGUGUUUGUUGGACCCAUCCCUCCACACCGACCUCCCCCCUAAACAGACUUUGUGGCUCUUCAGACUCCGUCACCUGACCUUCUCCUUUGCUCCCAUUAUAAUUAUUAUGACCACUACGGGCCACCAUCAAACCAUUAUGAUCCUCCGGUGAUCCAGUUUACAGUAGAUGAUAACAGCCUGCUGAGCCAAUUAGGAGGUAGAUGCCACCUUACUGCCACGCUACUGGUGGCAACUGUUACUGCCUUUUAAUCAGCUGACAACAACCACAACAACAACAACACCAACAACAAAUAGCACAAGCUUUUUAUGGCGCUUUUCACCACACUCACUCUCUUCAUAACACAACUUGACAAUAUUGAUUCAUUAAAUAUUCAACAGAUCUAAUGCUGCUUCGAGACGGAGGUUCCAUGUAGGAUCUCUUAUUGCACGUAUGCAUUGAAUUUUCAACUCUACAGAAUAUUGUAUGAAUGUUAAUGUUAAAUAUGUCAUUAUGUUACGUAGAGACUUGCCAAUUGUUCUUGGCUCUGUGCUGAGCCGCCGCAAUCAAACCUUUCUUUAGUGUUUUCUCUCUGCCUUCUGCUUAUGUUGACGAUAUAUAUCGUAUUUCAAUUUGCUUUCAAGAAGUGCUUCAACUUUAUCUUGAUAUCCAGAUUUUAGAAUAGCUCAUCAGUGUAAAUCCGUGGUGAUUGAUUCAGUGUAAACGUGUUAACUGUAUACUGUAUCUUCACUGACAUGAGUUGUAUCGUAUCAAUCUCCAGUGUUCACAAAUAAAGAAUCCACCAACAGC